GUGGUGCAGUUCAGCAGGCAGGCUCCACAGGCGGCUGCUGUCUUUGGUGGAGUUUAUUUUAAGGCCCUGCUUCCCCAAGAGUCAGAUUAAGUGCUGUACACGCAAACACAUUACUUGUCUCUGUCUGCAUCAGCAUGAUCUCAUCCAGGGUUAGGAUAAGCAGGAUUUGUCCUCUCCAAAGUGCUUAUCGGCUAUACUGAUGUGAGGGGGCGUUUGUAAGCGGACAGAGGCUGUGAGGGUUUGAUAUUGAUUUUUGCUUCUCGUUCAGUAUGGGGCUGUUUGUGGAGGGGGCCUUCAGUUUCUUCCUGGAUCAUUGAGGUGUUUCUGGGAGGGAACACAGUGACGAGAGGAAUUAGGAACAUGCUUGGAUUUAUUUGUGCAGCCGAAGUUAUGGGCGAUGCCAGGAGCCACCUCGUCUCGGAGCGGCUCGGGCUGGGCCACAACCUGGACCUGUCUGACACCAUGGUGCAACAGAAGCUGGACGAGAUCAAGGACCAGAUCAAGAGGGAGAUCCGCAAGGAGCUGAAGAUCAAAGAGGGGGCGGAGAACCUCCGCAAGGUCACCACGGACAAGAAGAGCCUCGCCUAUGUGGACAACAUGCUGAAGAAGUCCAACAAGAAGGUGGAGGAGCUGCACCAGGAGCUGCAGGAGCUAAACGCCCACAUCGUCGUGAAAGACCCCGAAGAACUGUUAGAUUGUCCCAGAACACCAGACACCCCCAACAGUGAAGUGCGCACAUCAACCAACAGCAGCAGACUAGCGGCGCUGAAGAAGCAGAAUGACAUCGAGCUGAAAGUGAAACAGGGGGCCGAGAACAUGAUACUGAUGUAUUCCAAUGGGUCUUCAAAGGACCGUAAACUGCUUGCGACCGCUCAGCAGAUGCUCCAAGACAGUAAGACUAAGAUAGAGUUCAUCAGGAUGCAGAUUCUCAAGGCCAGCCAGACCAGCGAAGUGAACUUCGAGAACAGCGACGGCCUUGCCAAGCCCAUCAUCAGCCCGCUGGAGCUGCGGCUGGAGGAGCUGCGGCACCACCUGCGGAUCGAGCACGCCGUGGCGGAGGGCGCCAAGAACGUCAUGAGGCUGCUGGGCUCCGGCAAGCUCACGGAGAGGAAGGCCCACUCCGAGGCACAGGCGAGGUUUAACGAGUCAAGCCAGAAGCUGGAUCUGUUAAAGUACUCGCUGGAGCAGAGGCUGAACGAGCUCCCGAAGAACCACCCCAAGAGCAGCCUCAUAAUGGAGGAACUGUCUUUGGUUGCAUCUCCUGCGCUAAGUCCACGACAGAGUAUCAUUUCCACACAAAACCAGUACAGCACAGUGGCUAAACCUGCUGCUUUGACAGGUACGCUGGACGUCAGGCUGAUGGGCUGCCAGGACCUGCUGGAGGUGGUUCCUGGCCGGUCCAAGGCCUCGUCUGUUCCCCUGCCCGGCUGGAGCCCCAGUGAGAACAGGUCCUCUUUCAUGAGCAGAGGAAGCAAAAACAAGGGGGGGAGCAGUCGCAACCUCUCCAAGACCGACGACCUGUCCAAUGAGAUCAGUGCGGUGCUGAAGCUGGACAACACGGUGGUCGGGCAGACCAGCUGGAAACCGAUCAGCAACCAGGCCUGGGACCAGAAGUUCACCCUGGAGCUGGACCGGUCCCGCGAGCUGGAGAUCUCUGUGUACUGGAGGGACUGGCGCUCCCUGUGCGCGGUCAAGUUCCUGCGGCUGGAGGAUUUCCUGGACAACCAGCGACAUGGCAUGUGCCUGUACCUGGAGCCCCAGGGCACUCUCUUUGCUGAGGUUACAUUCUUCAACCCUGUUAUAGAGAGGCGGCCCAAGCUUCAGAGGCAAAAGAAGAUAUUUUCAAAGCAGCAAGGAAAAACCUUUCCGCGAGCGCCCCAGAUGAACAUUAACAUCGCCACAUGGGGGCGUCUGAUGAGGAGAGCGAUUCCCUCGGUCAACAACUCCAGUGCCUUCAGCCCGCAGGUGUCAGAGCUGUCCUCCGAGUCCCCAUCCACCACCCAGCCCAGCUCCCCCACCUCCCCCAGUGAUCAGACAGUGAUGAAGUUAGACUUCGACAGAGAGCCCACACCGACUCCGAAGCUCCAGUCCACAGCGGUGGAGACAAGAGAGCCCCUGCCGGAGAGCAAGAUUCCUGACCGGCAGGUGCAGGUGCUUAUUUUGCAGGAUGCGUUAGCGACUUUUGACUUCCUGAACGACAGGAAUAGCAUCGUAGUGAAGCCCGACUCCGAGGGCCUGGAGGAGCAUGAGGUUCGGCAGCCGGACCUGGAGCUUAUAACAGACCCAUCCACAGACGUCAGGGGGCAGCAGCAGUUUCAUUCUGGACUCUCAGACUUCAAAUGUGUUGCUGUCCUGGGCCGCGGGCAUUUUGGAAAGGUGCUGCUCGCCGAGUACAAAAACACAGGGGAGAUGUUUGCCAUCAAAGCCUUAAAAAAAGGAGACAUAGUGGCGCGCGAUGAGGUGGACAGCCUCAUGUGUGAGAAGCGGAUCUUCGAGACUGUGAACAGCGUACGGCACCCGUUCCUGGUGAACCUCUUCGCCUGCUUCCAGACCAAAGAGCACGUGUGCUUUGUGAUGGAGUACGCCGCGGGCGGAGACCUGAUGAUGCACAUUCACGCCGACGUGUUCUCUGAGCCCCGCGCUGUGUUUUAUGCUGCCUGUGUGGUCCUGGGAUUACAGUUUUUGCACGACCAUAAGAUAGUGUACAGAGAUCUGAAGCUUGAUAAUUUGCUGCUGGACACAGAGGGCUAUGUGAAGAUUGCUGACUUUGGCCUUUGUAAAGAAGGGAUGGGCUUCAGAGACCGGACCAGCACGUUCUGCGGCACGCCGGAGUUCCUGGCUCCAGAGGUUCUGACCGAAACCUCGUACACGCGGGCCGUGGACUGGUGGGGGCUGGGGGUGCUCAUCUUCGAGAUGCUGGUGGGCGAGUCUCCAUUCCCUGGCGAUGAUGAAGAAGAGGUGUUUGACAGUAUCGUUAACGAUGAAGUCCGCUAUCCUCGGUUCCUGUCCACAGAGGCCAUCUCCAUCAUGAGACGGCUCCUGAGGAGGAACCCCGAGCGGCGCCUCGGGGCUGGAGAGCGAGACGCCGAGGAAGUGAAGAAGCAUCCCUUCUUCCGGAUCGUCGACUGGACCGCGCUGCUGGCGAAGAAGGCGAGGCCCCCCUUCGUCCCGACCAUCAGGGGCCGCGAGGACGUCAGCAACUUCGACGACGAGUUCACCUCGGAGGCGCCGGUCCUCACUCCGCCCCGGGAGCCCCGGGUCCUCACGGCGGAGGAGCAGGAGAUGUUCCGGGAUUUCGACUACAUAGCCGACUGGUGUUAGCCCGGGGCCUGUCCCCCCGAGAGAGGCCGCCGCUCACUGCGCCACGCAGACCAGAGGUCCUCCAGCCUUCCCCUGCGCUCUGUGCCAUUCAAGGACCCACGAUCUUAAAUGAAGAUUUUUUUAUUUUUGGUUUUAUUAAUAUAAGGAGCUGCCAUUUCAAAACUGAGAGAAGUGGCUUCGAACUGCUCUGGUCCACUUUGUUGUCUGAGCACUGGGAAUGUUUUGAUGGACUCGUGUUCCUGAAACCGCAAGCCCAAAUCUCCGUAGGCCGAUACCUUGGGAUUGGUACUGCACCAGCGAGUUUUCCAUCCCCGAGAUUUUAUUUUUUUAAACUUUUUCAACAUUCUGCCUUAGAUAAAAGUGUCAUGGCAACCAUUUCAAUCUUUUUGAGGCCACAACGUGCCAGGUUUCGACGCCGAGAUGCGUUAAAUGCAGAAACACAAGCGUGGUCUAACCAAAUUAAAAGGCAGCGACUGUCUUGACUACUUUUUAACCUGCAGCUUCGCCAGAAGUGUGCACGAGAAGGGGUUUUAAUCUCAGAUUUUAUUCAGAACACUAAUAUUUUUACCCUGCCUUGUCCUUGUAUUUAUUAUGUCUGUUUCCUAGAUGCCUUAAUUUUUUGUGAGUCAUCAGUAAAGGGCUUCCAGUCGACAGCUGACAGUGAAAUCCUCCCCAGCCAGCUGCCACACGUUGGCCGUCCCCAGACUCUGUGAAUGUGAACUGACAGCUGUGAUGUGGGCCGAGAAGACCCCUCUGCAGAAUCUCUACAAACCACCUCAUCCUUGUGAAACCGGUCUGACAUGCUCGUGACAUUCUGCUCCUCUGCGGUUUUCAGAUUCAUGUCUUUCCAUCAUCCCACCUUCUCUGUACCAUGAUCAGUGAACAAAUGUAAGUUAUAGUUUUAUACUGUAUUUUAGUACGUCAGCGAAUCUUGCAUCUGCUGUAUAGGGUGACCAUGUUUUUUUUAUAUAUAUUAUAUAUAGAUAAUAUUGAUAUUAUCAACUUGUUGAAAAGUAGCUCAGAAAUUGAAAGCAAUUCUGGACGCCUGAAAUGGAAUGUAAAAAUGUAUAUUCAUAAAUGUAUAUCUUGGCGUACAACAUGCCAAAGCAGGCUGUAUUUUAAAUUGGUGGUGCUUUCCUAGUAUGGUGCCUAGUCUGGGCUGUGUUCAAGGCAGCAGUCCGGUCGUUGUGCUUGUGUUGGAAUGGGUCUUUGGUGGCAGUAAUUCUGUUGGAACAGGGAACCUGUCGGCACCUUUCAUUCAGAUACUGUGGGGCUUGGCUGUCUCCAAAUGAUAACUUGACACACGCAGUCUCUGUGCCACAAGUUUUAACAUUUAAAGCUUCCUACAGAAGACAGUGCAUGAGAGACGCAAGGACUGGGCGGCAGUGAAGACCGUCUGUGGAGAUAGCAGGGUGUUUGAUGGUAAACAGAUCCAAGCCACUAAUGGCCACAGUGCUCAUUACCAAAACCUUUCAAAGCAAUGCGUUUGAGAUGCAGCCUGACAUGAACUUUCAGUGUUUCAAUUCAGUGGCACCUGCAAAAGGUGGGGAACAUGUUAGAAACAGAUGGGGUUUACUUAGCUCAGCUAACAAAGUUGUACAGUAAAUAAAUGUUUUUAAAUAUAAAUCACUAAGGGGUAAACUAAGAGGGCAGGAUUUAUGUACACAAUUGAGCUGAAAGCACUAAUUUUAUCUAUGUAGGUUUAAAAUUAUCAACUUUUUAUCCUAAUUAUGAACAUGGUUUGUAAAUACGUUUUCUAUAUAUUGUAUUUUCAAAGUGGCUGCUUGAAAGCAUGUUGAGGAAGGAUUGAUGCUUCAGUCUGGUCCACAGCGUGGGAGACGUGCAAGUGCUCACAGCUGUGACCUGGUGGAAAAUGUUUUUGCGGUCACUAUGCAUAUCAUGAAUGCACAAAUUAAAAAUUUGUAAUAGAAAA